UGGCUCGCCCACCAUGACUCGAGGUACCCACCACACUUUAUUCUGUGUACCCGCACAGAGGCACUAACUCCAGGAUGGGCGGGUACCUAUCCACGAGUUCCUCGAGCAGCAUAGUAUAAUAGAAAAGCGCAUCACGGACCAUCCAUAUCACCACGAGGUGUACCGGCCGCAGGGAUGUGUCUCCACUCAUCCGCGACGGAGUCUCAAAUCACAGAGCCCCUUUCGAGCACGUUGUCUGUGGUUCCCCCGCCCUGGGCCUGGGCAUAAGGUUCCUAUGGCACCCGCAUCAGCGUUCCCUUAUCACUUGCCUAACUAAGCACUUGCUUUAUAACCUCGUCUCAAUCAACCAGGGCCGGCCGUUUUGCACUGCUUUUGAUCGGCUUGUGCUGUGGGAACUCUCCUCCUCGACAUUGGGAAUGAUGCAAGUGCCCUCAACUCUAGCACAUGUUGAUCAGCUCCUGGGGAUCCGCACGAUCGUCGCCCGUCUUUUACCCGCCACAUUGCAGUGUGCACGCCUCAAGGUCCGGGCCGUUGCUACUUAACGUCCCUUGCAUCUGCAAUGAGCCACCCAGGCGCCCAUUCGGAAGCCGAGGACUGGCCUCUUCCGUUGUCCGUAUCUCGACCAGACAGCAUAGUCUCUUCCUCCACAAGCUCUUCUGGUCCCAGCUAUGCCACAUCACCUAUAUUUCCGCCUCCGCUCAGUCGUACGGCUUCCUCAAUUGGAUCCCGGUCGAGGCAGGCUUCAUGCUUCUCCUUAUACGAGGACAUCUGCCGUUUGCCGCUGAACCAUUCUGUGACCAUCUCCUUCGUUCGGAGCAGUAAACUCUUCAAGCUACGCUUCACCUGUAUCGACAUACGCAAGGAUGCCACGGGAAGCUUGAAGAGUCUUGAAUUGGGCGGGGGACCGGGUCAGCAGACUCCGUUGAUACAUACUUUCAACGACACCAAGCUUCCAGUCCCUCACCUUGAACAUCCAAAGCUCCCGAACGAGUCGUCGCUUCGCGUUUCCUUCAUGGACGAGCAAACAGUUCAAUCGGCCCACAACGUGUUCCUCACACAGAUCUCUUAUAUCUUUGAAGAUUGGCAUGAUUGUGUGCAGUUCCAAGAAUUAGUCCUGGGUUCGAAAUUGGUCUUCAUAGCAGGGAUCGCCGAGGCGAAGUCCAAGGGCCGAGGGGAGGAGUGCAUCAGCCAGAACCUACGCAUUCUACGUAAUCAUAACGGCAAACAGGUCAUGCUUUUCUUUGCCAACUCGCAACGGAAGGAGUUGAAGCGUUAUGUGUCCAUCCCGAUCAACUGCAUCGACAGCUUCAAUCCGGGCAAGAAGGCAGGAAAGCCUGUGGUUCUCCAGCUGCAGCCCAACUUCGACAUUCUUUCACAGAUGAGAACAUUAUCUAUCCAAUUCCUCGAUGAUUUGGACCGAAAAGCCUUUUGCCAAUUUCUGACAGAACACACCGCUUAAUAAUAUGAUACACCCCAUAGACAUGAACUACGAUACCCAUGGGCAACACAGAUUGAAAAAUUGAUACAGCAUCUACUAACAUCACAUCGUGGAUUUUGGUUGUUUACGAGUCUGCAGCAAGGAGUCUGGAUGGCGUUGGGUACUCAGGUACUUUGCAUAAAUUUUCCUUUCAUUUUUUUUGGCUCCUCUGCGGCCACGCGUCAGUUUCAGUUCCAAUAAUAUACCCCUAUUGUGAAACAUCAGACAAUAUUGGAACCUUACGAGGCACAAGGGGCACGUGUUUAGUCGAACCAGUAGGACGGCUUUCAGCUUCAGCCAAGUUUCAUCACUUGGCGAACUCAAAUGGCACAAAUGGCAAAUUGGCCUCGUAUCCAG